AUGUGGAAACUUAUUAGAACCACGGUUAGCGAUGACAAGAAGGCAGUAACAGGUCUGCUUUACCUCAAUGAAGGAUUUGUUUGCUAUACAUUGGAACGAGUAGGCAAGAUGAUUCCUGUUGGAAGCUACCGAAUUGAGGUUAGUGUAAGCCCGUCUUUCACGAAGAAGCGAGGUAAGAAAACCUACUUGCCUUUGCUCUACAAUGAUGAUGUUCCGGCAAGCAGGGGUAUCAGAAUCCAUUGUGGCAAUACAUACAAGGACUCCGUUGGAUGUGUACUUGUUGGUAUGGAUUCCAAGCCGAUGGCUGGGACAUUGAUUGACUCAAUGAAGGCAGAGGAAAUGGUGACACAUCUUAUGAAUAACAAUGAUGGGUAUCUUGCCAUAUUUGAUGGGGCGAUAAGCCUACCUAGUCUCAAUAAGUAA